AUGGAAGUCUGCCACUGGAUAAGACAGCAAUGUCAGCGUCUGUUCUUGCGAGAAAGUGGGCAAAAAAGCUCAGAGGAUUCUCACAUCUCCCCUGGGAAAUGUCCAUCAACGAGAAGAACAAUACUUGUUGGGGAGGGGCCCCAAUACGGAGACACUGGCAAAGGUUACAAAGGCAACAUCAUCCAUACUACUAAGUACAGUUUGUUGACCUUCAUCCCCAUGAACCUGUUUCAGCAGUUUAAGAGGGUGGCUAACCUCUACUUCCUGUUUCUGAUUUUGCUAAACUGGGUGCCAGUGGUUGAAGCCUUUCAGAAGGAAAUUACAAUGAUUCCAUUGCUGGUGGUACUGACUGUCAUUGCUGUCAAAGAUGGCUUGGAAGACUACAGACGUUAUAUCUUUGACAAAAAGAUCAACAACCGUGUCGUGCAAGUGUAUUGUAGGUAACAGAACGACUAUAUUGGUAUACGCUGGAAAGACGUUCAAGUCGGAGAUUUUGUGCACCUAUCCUGCAAUGAUAUCAUCCCUGCUGACAUUUUGCUCCUUUAUUCAUCUGAUCCUCACGGCACAUGUUUCAUUGAGACGGCCAACUUGGAUGGGGAAACCAACCUGAAACAAAGGCAGAUAGUUUCAGGCCUUCCAGUGCAGGGAAGGGAGUUCAACCCUGAGAGCUUCCAUAGUCGUAUUGAGUGCGACAACCCCAACAAUGACCUCAGCACGUUUCGAGGUUUUAUGGAGCUCUCCGGUGGGACUCAUGUUGGACUUGACAAUAAUAACCUCCUGCUAAGAAGUUGCACAAUUCGUAAUACGGAGACUGUUGUUGGCGUUGUGGUCUAUGCUGGACAUGAGACCAAAUCCAUGAUGAACAACAGUGGGCCAAAGUGUAAGCGCAGCAAUUUGGAAAAGCGCUUAAACAUUGAUAUUCUGUGGUGUGUGCUCUUGCUGAUAAUCAUGUGUCUGACUACUUCUAUAGGUCAUGGACUCUGGCUGAAACAGAUUAAAAAUGCAAUAUUUUUGGUUGAUGAAGAGACAUCUCCUGCCCUGGCUGGCUUCUACAUCUUUUGGACCAUGAUAAUUGUUCUGCAAGUGCUGAUUCCCAUUUCACUGUAUGUUUCCAUUGAGAUUGUAAAGCUGGGUCAGGUCUACUUCAUCCAAAAUGAUCUAGCCCUCUACAAUGAGCGCAUGGACUGCAGGAUCCAGUGCCGUGCGCUCAACAUCACUGAAAACCUGGGUCAGAUUCAGUAUUUGUUCUCUGAUAAGACAGGAACUUUAACAGAGAACAACAUGGUGUUUCGUCGCUGCAGUAUUUAUGGGAUUGAAUAUCCUCAUGUGGAAAAUGGUCUGAGACUGGAAAUGUACAUGGCAGAGAAGAAUGACGCUAUUGGUUGUUCUGAAACUCCCAAAUCUGCCUGCAGAGGUAAAUCUCUGAGCUGUCGUUCCAUCAACUGCAACUGCAGCUCAGUAUCAGUUCACACUUUCCUUGCCGAGUCUGAUGAAGAGCACCAACUGUCGAAUGACUUCCUUCCGAUGACCAGUGCCUUUUGCAACCAAAUGGCAAAAGAGGUGAUACCAGACCCUGAGCUAGUGAAGAAGCUCAGCUGUCUUUGCUCUCCCAUAACACCUUCUGCCAAUGCAAUUUUUGAGACGACAUCAAGUUUGGAACUCACCUACAUCACAGACUUUUUCCUGGCAAUGGCCAUUUGCAAUAGUGUGCUUGUUUCAUCACCCAUGCAGCCUCAAUCUGUGGUGACAGAGGCAGAAGCACCUCUCAGGUCUCUUGAUAAAAUCAAACUGAGGUUCCAGCGCUUCAGCUUUCCGCAUUUUUCGGCUUUCCCGGUCCAUUCGCCAACUCAAAGCAGGGACGGCCCAAGUGGCUUUGAAACGUUAACACGUAAGGAGACAAGCAGCAUUUUCAGUAUUACCAGUGAAGCCGGGGACAAUGAACAGGACAUCAGAAAUAAAUGUGGACCUGAGAAUGACAUCGACAAACUAUUGUAUGAGGCAGUUAGUCCAGAUGAGGCUGCUCUGGUCCAUGCGGCUCGAGCUUACCGCUGCACCCUGCGGGGACGAUCUCCACAUAGCGUCCUUGUGGAUCUACCUGGAAUUGGCACUAUGAGCGUCCAGCUGCUUCACGUCCUGCCGUUUGAUUCCAACAGAAAGAGAAUGUCUGUGGUGGUCCGCCAGCCUCUCACAGGACAAGUGGUGGUCUACACCAAAGGCGCAGAUUCAGUCAUCAUGGAUCUUGCAAAAAAUCCUGAAGAGGAGACUGAGGAGACCUACUGUCACAUCAAAGAGCAAACCCAGAAGCAUUUAGACAGCUAUGCAAGAGAAGGCCUCCGUACUCUUUGCUUUGCUAAAAAGGUACUGGGGCAGGAGGAGUACGAAGUAUGGCGGCAGAAGCAUUUGCUGGCAGAGAGAAGCAUUGAGAACAGAGAAGAGCUGCUGCUCGACUCUGCUGAAAGACUGGAGAGCAACCUCACCCUUUUGGGCACCACAGGAAUUGUAGACAGACUGCAGGAAGAUGUUCCAAGCACUAUCGAAUCCCUUCAGAGAGCAGGGAUCAAAAUCUGGGUCCUCACCGGAGAUAAACAGGAGACGGCUGUCAACGUAGCCUAUGCUUGUAAACUCAUCAGUCCAGCUGACCAAAUUCUGACUGUCAACUGUGAAAGCAAGGAUGACUGCACUGCAGUACUAGAGGACCUCAAAUUAGAAGUGCAAAGCAGUAAAGAGCGAAAGAGUGAAAAGAUUCCUGCAGAAGAUCAUGGAGACAUAUUUUCAAGCGGCGAGGAUGGCUUCAUUUUGGUCAUUGAUGGCCGGACACUUGACCUGGUGCUAUUAGACCACUCAAGCUGCUUUCUGGAGCUGAGCCAUUCCUGCAAAGCUGUCAUCUGCUGCCGUUCCACUCCCUUGCAAAAGAGCCGAGUAGUGCACCUGGUCCGAGACCAGCUCAAAGUCUUGACCUUGGCAGUAGGUGAUGGGGCCAAUGAUGUGAGCAUGAUCCAAGUGGCGGAUGUGGGCAUUGGGAUAUCAGGUCAAGAAGGCAUGCAGGCUGUGAUGGCCAGUGACUUUGCCAUUUCACGAUUUAAGCACCUCAGUAAGCUGUUGCUGGUCCAUGGUCACUGGUGUUUCUCUCGUCUUGGAAACAUGAUGCUGUACUUUAUCUACAAAAAUGUGAUGUUUGUGAACCUGUUGUUUUGGUAUCAAUUCUUCUGUGGUUACUCCGGGGCUGUCAUGACCAACCCGUGGGUUCUAAUCUUCUUCAACCUGUUCUUCACAUCUGUUCCUCCUCUCAUCUAUGGCAUCUUGGACAAAGACAUCCCUGCUGAGAAACUGAUGGUAGUGCCUGAGCUUUACCGGGCUGGACAUGCCUCUGAGACCUAUGCUCGAUUUGCCUUCUGGGUCACAGUCCUGGAUGCAUUUUACCAAAGCCUCGUCUGCUUUUUUGUGCCUUAUUUUGCUUACGCUGGAUCAGACAUUGGAGAGCUGUCCUUUGGAUCACCCAUCAACGCUUCAGCUCUCAUCAUCAUCCUGUUGCACCAAGUCAUCGAAAGUCAUAAUCUGACUUGGAUUCACAUUUUUGUGUUGGUGCUCAGCGGGGGGUCGUACUUUGGCUUUGUGCUGGUAUUCAGCGUUUCUUGUCUGACCUGCAGCCCCCCUACCAACCCUGUGGGUGUAGAAACAUCAGAAAUGUCCCAGCCUCUCUUUUAUAUCGUGUGUAUGCUCACUGUGGUGACAGCACUGAUGCCCAGGCUCCUGUUCCGGGUACUUUACAACACUAUGCACUUAUCUGCUCUGAUGCAAACAUCUUACAGGGGAAAAGUAAAUUCAGAGAAGUACUGCAGAAGAAUCCAAGGAUAA